AUGUCCACCCCGUCGCCAGAUACGUCCACAGCCGCCUCCACGUCGCCCGGACCAAUUCGGGGACGCCACCUCAGCUCGGCCGCCUCCCCGAGCCACUGGCGCCGCCAUGUGGCGCCCCGCGCCUCUUCGCCGCCUCCCUCCGCGCCGGCCACCCGGGUCCCAGAUCCGGCCCGCCCCGGGCAGAACCGGGCCGCGCCGGGCCCGCCGCCGCCGCCGCCGCCUCCUCCCGUCGCCCGCGCCUCGCGCCGGUCCACGACCACUGCGUCUUGCCAGCGCCGCCCCGCGCCGGCGUCCGCGCUCGCCCUCCGCGCCGCCCUGCCGUUCCCCGCCGCCGACGACCACCUAGACCGGGGCUCCGCCGCCCAGAGCCUCGCCGGUGCCACCGCAGCCUUCCCCGUGCCUCAGCUCGCCGGAGCCUGUCGCCUCCGCGCUGGACCCUGGCUUGCCGCCGUCCCUCCAUCGCCGGAAGCCGCCGCCGGCGCGGCCUUCCUCGACCGUGCAUGCGUGCGGGCGCACGCGCAGCCGCGCUUCGCGCGUGGGCCCCUCCCCGCGAGGCCCAGCUGCCGGCCCAGCCCCGCCAAGCCAGGCCUCCUCCUCUCCAACCUUGGCUCGGCCCACUAG